CCAGACUGCGGACCGUCAGGAUUCAGGUCCAAGUUUUCGCGCCGAGCUCCGACCACGCAACGUGCACACCACGCUGCCAGCGACACGAGGCCCGCCUUGGAUGUCAGCCCUCGAUCCACCGCCAAGUGGAGUCGUUCGAACGCCUUGGAUCAUCCCUCGCGCUUCAUCCGUCAGAACCGGAAGUGUUGGACGCGCCAGCCACGAAGAACCCGGGGAAAAGUUCGCCCUCGAGUUGGACCCCGGUGGCGGGCCGAGACACCCCCAGGUAGCAAAAGAAGCCGGGAGGUUACCGAGGAGGGUUGUUUGUGAUACACCGGUGUGAUCGACGAGUGUAUGGUCUCGAAAGUGAUACCAGGGAAUCAGAGCGUUGGGGUGCGUGCGCCGUUCUGUCGUCACGUGGACGGAGGAACACACGCACGCUUGGAUUCCGGACUCGCUUUUCGCUCUCGAGAAACUGUUGUGUCGUGAACUGAUAAUUUGUGACUGGGUGAGCCGUGUUUUCGGACACGAGUGCCGCGUGAUCGUAUCGGUGUCCAUAGACUCGCGCGUCGCGGCUGACCAUUGACUAUCGUCGGACAGUGCCGAGAGGUUUCUUUUCGCGAUUUUUGGAGUGCUGGGAGGACUGUUUGAGAAGUUACGUUACCGAGGCCCACGUGUAGCAGGCGUUAAACGUGCCAGGUGGCCUGGACAGGUGGUGUUAAUCGAUCAACGACGAGCGUCGAUCCGAAGGAAAAAAUACCGCCGACUCUCGGUGGUGACACAAGGACUCUAAUAAACUCCUAAUUAUCCUCCGCGGGUAAUUACACACGUGACACCGUUGCUGUGUCCGUUCUAACGCGAAAUUACGCGAUAGCCAUCGGCCAGUGCCUCACUGACAAAUAGAAUAAUUAAAAUCGCAUUAAAAGAACGCUCCACCGUCGUUCGUGCCUCCCGCCUUAUCUCGCGACGUUGUGUUAUACCGCGAGUUACUUUUUUUUCGGAAGCUGCUCCUUUCGAGGAUUUCGAGGUUUAUUCGACUCCCUGGUGAUCGACCGUUCGCUCCUCGAUCGCUCCUAAUUACUCGCAAUUAGCCGGCGUAAUUAAGUAGACUGAUGUCACGGCGGUCGAUGUAUUCGUGAAUCGUUUGUCCGUCGAGGUCGGUCCAUCGAGGCUAUUUGUCGUCGUUAGACGACGUGGAGUCGUGAAAGAGAAACGAAGGUGUAAAGGGAACCUGAGUGGAACGCCCCAAGUCGUUUUGUGCACGAGGGGAACGCGAACGACGGGCCCGCUGACGCUGGGAACAAGGCUAGGUUCCAUCCAGCAGGUGGCAACGUGCUAAAUACAUAAUAGCAGUCGGUGUAAACCACGUCAGGACGACGUCCCACGUACAGCUGUCACAGAUCUCCUUCGAUUACGAGUCCCCGGGAUGCAAGACUGACAUGGCAGAGGGUUCGGCCGAAGAGGAACAGAGCAGUACUGCUGCGCCCGCUUCCCCGCCAGCUGAUCUUCGCACUCUGAACACCCGAUUGUCGCCGCCUUAUCACCACCAGCCCCAUCUCCACCCUCGUCUUCAGCAUCUGCAGCAUCCCAACAUGUUGGCGACCGCCGUACCGCCCAGGCACAGCCACAGGAUGCUGUCUCAUCAGGUGAAAACGGAAGCGGAGUUCGACGGUCCCUGCGACGUGCCAUUGAAUCUGAAGAGCGAGGAUGAAUUUCACGAUGCUUCAGGGAUCGACAACCAAUUACAGCCGCAGCAAAGUAUUUACAUCGUCUGUGAAAAAGCCGACCAACGAUAAACACGAUCCAUCGGUACGCGUGUGUUCGAUCCCCGGCGAGUUCCAUGGUUUCUAAUUGUCCAUGGUCACGUGUACGCGAUUCUUCGAAAGUCUCUUCGAUCGCUCGCCUCGUUUAGUCACCGAUGGCCUCGUGUAUCUCACAACGGAUCCUUGGAGAACCGCGUCUCUGUGUUCCCGUACUUAUUAGCGUUACUAUCCAUUAUUCUCGCGAGAAGUUAUUCCGUCGCAAUUAAAAAGAAACGGCUAAUGGCAUUGAGGGGCUCGUUAAACACGCGCCGCUCAAAGGUCUGGCAAUUUAUGAUCUCUGAAUAGAGGAGUUCUAGCUAUUGGAAUUCCACGUGGGUAAACUAUUCUCUAAAAGAAUCACGAGGUGGUUUCCUGAUCUCCAUACGGCGCAAGAGACGCGUGGGAAUUAUUGCGUAGCAGUCAAGUUUACUUGAAAUUAGGACAAUCCUUCCAAAAAGGCUAGGAUUAAGCUGUUUUUCGUUUUUUAUUAACUGCUGCGCUUAUACUAUUGGCUUGUCUGGAAAGUCCAUGACGAUUUUUGGUGGGUGGUAUAGGUCUGAAUAUAUCGGAAUGAUUGAAAACAAAUCACUUAACAGGUGCAAAGUUUGUAGAACAAAAUGGUACCUAUGUUCAGUAAAGUCUGGAUAAGUGCAAUACAGGAUUGACUGGAUAAAUGCAAGAUGACUAUCCCCACCACUGAGGGGUUCCACCUUGAUGCUCGUCGAGCGAGCAGUGUAAUACGAUCUAUUGUCUCACCGAUACGCUUCGGCCGACUGCUUUUGUUCCUCGGACCUCUUUUUCUUUCACUCUCUGUCCUUUUCUAAGCCUGACGCUCAACUCGAACCAAAUUAAAGUCAACACAGAAUAAGAACCUCGACUGGAUAAAUGCAAUGUUUGGGUCCCGAUUUUCUUGCACUUAUCCAGUCUUUAUUGUAAUUCAAUAAAUGUACAGUUGAUCCAAUAAAUAUUCGUACCUUCUAUGCUUGUUGAAGAAGUUUAUCUAAAUUGAAUAAUAGAUUUGAUAUUACCAAAUGAAUUUUCCUUUGAAAAUAUGUAUAUGAAUAAUAUAUAUACAUUAACGUAUUUAUACAGAUAUACACUUGGAAACAUCGAGCUUACCAUUUAAUUUAAACAAGUUUUUUCAACAGACAUACAUGGUACGAAUAUUUAUGAGACUGACUGAUAAAUAUCUUGACGAUGAUAGUGUCGUAUCCUAACAUUCAUUUUAACUCUUUUAGACCUGAAUCGUUUAUUUUUCUCGUACCAACUUGAUUUAAUUUUUAGGGUUAACUUGGACUAAAAUUAGUAUGGAAAAAAAUGUUGAAAAUUCGAGAAACUGGUCUUUCUUCAUGUGCACAAACAAGGACAUUUGCCCUAAACGAUAGUGUCGGUACUGUACAAGUCUUACUUGCGUCCUCAAUUCUGAACGCCAGGUCUGAAAGGGUUAACUCGAUGGAUGACAAACCAAUUUCUCCUCCCGCGUUAAAAAACGAUCAUCACUUCCUUCGCGUUCUUUUAUAACCAACACAAUCCACUGUCAUUCAUUCCAAACACUCCCAGCAAUAACCAAAACCCCGAAACCUUGAUCGUCUUUACGCUAAUUGGGAAAUCAAUUUCUUCUACCCCUCUAAAAUUCAUAAAUCAUCGCGAGACGGACGUCGCUUCACGG